AUGGGUACAAGUGGCAUCAGAGUUGGCAUUCAAGGGGGAGCGUGUGGCAUGGAAAGUGCAUGGAGAGUGUGGAGGGCGUGUGCUGUGAUGGAAGGGGACGAACGUUGUUUGUUGCUGACGGCUGUGAGGAACAUGCAGACGGCAAAUGAUCUACAAAAGGAGGGGGACCACCGCUUUGUUAAGCAUGUCAAUUGUAUAUGGAACAACGCCGCCUUCGACAACGGCGAGAUUUCUGAAGAUUUGGCGGCAAGCAAGCAGCCCUGGGGAUCUCUGAAGCCGAAUUUCAGAAACCCUAAUUCAUCUUUCGAUUCUGUUCCGGAUAAAGAAAAUCAAGGUUUCGCAUCGGAGAAUCAAAAUCAAUUCCACCCUGUUUCCCUUUUCCCCAGAUCGGCCUCGACGACGCCGUUUAAGCCGUUCACAGCGGUCAAAUCAGUUCAAAGAUUGAAAAUGAGAGCAAUCGCGGACAAUGGUUUCAAGAAAAAUCCAGUCUUGAAAAUCGACGAGGAGAUUGAAGAAAUUGAGUUACAAAUCACUCGAUUGAACUCGAGAUUGGAGGCUUUGAAGGCUGAGAAGGCAAGCGCGGGAGCUGUGGAGAAGAAAGGGAGAUUCGUUGAGGCGAAGUUCAUGGAACAGAAACAGAGCGGCAAGAAUGAUGAGAUUUCGAAUUUGGGCGUAAGAACAAAGGCUAACAGAAGAGGGAUUAGUUUAGGGCAAGCAGAAAUCCUCUCUGCAGGGCGUAGAGGGAUGAGUUUGGGGCCUUCUGAGAUUUUCGAAGCAGCGAAAUCGAGCCAGGGUGGAGAGUUGCAGUUUGAGCCUGAAAUCAAGGAAAUUUGCUGCGAAAUCGAGGCAAGCUGUGACCACCAUUGGUUCAAGAAAGGAUGUGAAGAAGGAAGAAUCUGUUUUGAACACAGUCCAACGAAGAAGUUGUUUAGAGAUGGCGAGAAAUCAGUUCCAAACAAGAAGGCGUCUAGGCCGGGGAGAGUGGUGGCGAGUAGGUAUAAUCAGGGCGCGUCUCAGGCUUCGGCAAUGAGGAAGAUAUCUCUGCCGGAGAGUGAUGGUGAUGCAGGGAAAAGGGUUGACAAGACGCUGUCUUUUUCUGUGGGGAAGACGAGGGCUAAUGAGGGCGAGGGCCGUGUGAAGAAGAGGUGGGAGAUUUCUAGUAAGAUUAUAGUUCAUAGCAGUGUGAGGGGAGGAGGAGAUUGA